UCCCUUCUCCUCUCAUCACCUGCAAAGGUUUCUGGGCGAGGGUUCUGAAGCUCCGGUGCUGCUGCCCUGCCAUGGCAACUUCCAGUGGUGUCGCAGUUUCGUUUGCAGGUGUGAAGUUGGAAUCCCUCAUAUUCAAGGCAUCCUCGAGGUCUUAUAACUCUCGGAUCGGGCUAUUUUCCAAGCCUGCCGGGAACAGGAGACGGACUGUUGAGAGAAGGGUUUCUAUUAGGUGUGAUGGUGGGUCUGAUGUUUUUGUUAAAGACGAGAAGACCGAUUCCAGGGCUUCCAGCAUUCUCGCUCUAGAGCAGCUGAAGACGUCAGCCGCCGACAGGUAUACAAAAGAAAAGAGCAGCAUUGUGGUUGUAGGGCUUAGUGUUCACACCGCACCAGUUGAAAUGCGUGAGAAACUUGCUAUUCCUGAAGCAGAAUGGCCACGGGCCAUUGGAGAGCUCUGUGGCUUGAACCACAUAGAAGAGGCUGCUGUUCUAAGUACCUGCAACAGAAUGGAAAUAUACGUGGUGGCAUUAUCUCGGAAUCGUGGAAUCAAAGAAGUAAAAGAUUGGAUGGCUAAGACAAGUGGAAUUCCUGUUUCAGAGCUUCAACAACACCUUUUUUUACUAUAUGAUGAUCAUGCUACAAAUCACCUGUUCGAAGUAGCAGCUGGGCUUGAUUCUCUUGUUCUAGGAGAAGGACAAAUCCUUGCUCAGGUUAAGCAAGUUGUUAAAGGUGGUCAGGGAGUUGUUGGCUUCGGGAGAAACAUCAGUGGGCUGUUCAAGCAUGCUAUCACCGUCGGAAAACGUGUUCGAACUGAGACCAACAUUGCAGCUGGUGCAGUCUCUGUGAGCUCAGCUGCUGUGGAGCUUGCCUUGAUGAAACUUCCAGAAUCAUUCUUGUCCUCUGCCCGGAUGCUGGUGAUUGGAGCUGGAAAGAUGGGAAAACUUGUGAUCAAACAUUUGGUUGCAAAAGGUUGCAGAAAGAUGGUGGUUGUCAAUAGAUCUGAGGAGAGAGUCACAGCCAUUCGUGAGGAAUUGAAGGAUGUUGAAAUAAUCUACAAACCCCUCUCGGAAAUGCUUUCUUGCUCUGCUGAAGCUGAUGUAGUUUUCACGAGCACAGCUUCAGAAACCCCCUUGUUCUUGAAAGAGCAUGUUGAGUCAUUCCCCCUUGCCAGUCCAGAAAUUGGGGGUGUGAGGCUAUUUGUUGAUAUAUCUGUUCCAAGGAAUGUGGGGAGCUGCGUCUCGGGUCUCAAUAAUGCACGAGUCUACAAUGUGGAUGAUCUUAAGGAAGUUGUGGAAGCUAACAAAGAGGACCGACAUCGGAAAGCAAUGGAAGCUCAAGCAAUUAUCAGUGAGGAAUCAAAACAAUUUGGAGCUUGGAGGGACUCCCUGGAGACUGUUCCCACAAUAAAGAAGCUGAGAACGUGUGCUGAAACAAUUAGAAUUUCAGAACUGGAGAAGUGCUUGUUGAAAUUGGGUGAUGUCCCAAAGAAGACACGGAAAGCUAUCGACGACCUUAGCAGGGGCAUAGUAAACAAGCUUCUUCAUGGUCCAAUGCAGCACCUGAGAUGCGAUGGAAGUGACAGUCGUACUUUGACUGAGACACUUGAGAACAUGCAUGCCCUUAACAGAAUGUUCAAUCUUGAGACAGAGAUAUCUGUAUUGGAACAGAAGAUCCGAGCCAAAGUUGAACAAAACCAAAAUAACUCAUCUUGAGACCGAGAUCUCCGUAUUGGAUGGAACAGAAGAUUCGAGCGAAAGUUGAACAAAACCAGAAGUAACUCAUUUAACUGAUUUAUUUCUCCCCAAUUUCU